CCUGUCAUUGUCUGUUGAUCACUUCCCACAUUAAUUCCUUCCUCUGUUGCAUUUUCCCAUUCUUCAAUUUGGACCUUUAACCCCAUUAUUUAGUUUAAAGCCCUCCCUAAUCCCUAGUUACAUGGUUCACAAGAAUGCCAGUCCUGGUACUGUUCAGGUGUGGACUGCCCACAGGUACAGAUCCCACUUUACCCAGUAUUAGUGCCAGGAACAGGAACAGGAACAGGAACCCAUUUCUCUCACAGCACUUCUCUCAAUGGGCUGAAUGGCCUAAUUUCUGCUCCUAUGCCUUAUGGUCUUACAGCAGUCUUACAGCAGUCUUUCAGCCACAUGUUCAUCUCUCUAAUCUGCUGUACUCCUGCCCUCUGGCUCCCUAUUGCCUGUUUCACCUGCAGUCAUAGCCUCUUGUCCCUAACCACUGACUGUAAAAGGCCACAGCGUGCUGUAAGGUGUGACUGCCUCCUGGUACAAAGAAUCCAGGUAACCUUCACCCUCCCUUAGGCAUCAGUGUCUAUAGUUCAGCCUCCAGCUCAUAAUCUCCAAGCUCAUGCUGCUAAAACUAGCUAAUCACUGAAGUCAACAAAAUGGACACCAUGGAACCUUAUUAUAAUGGUAAGAAACAUGAUAUUGUGAAGGAAGGGAGUGUGUACUUACAGAAGGUUAGCUACAUUGCUGCUGAGGUGAGUCUUCUAGCAAUAUCUGAAUGGCGUGGGGGCAGGCUACAAAAGAUGCACAUGAUUCAAAGGUUUGAAAAUAGACUGGUAAAAAGUGUGUGUUUCGGACUAUCCUGUCGGAAGCCGUCAGUGCCCACUUCACCUCCAGGAGUGUCUACAUGAUUUGGAAGAGGAUGGAGGAUUGGGAUUUGUAUACUAGUAAUGGCUUGAAAAUUGGAAUUCUGAGGGCUGGUAAGAAUGGCAUCUUUUUGCUCUUGCUAACUUCCAUAAAAAUCAACUGUGUCAGUAAAAGAGCAUUUGAAGUGGAAUGUACAUGAAGGCAGCAAGUACAAUCUUUAGAACUUUCGCAACCCAGAUUUUCAGUUCAUCCCAUGGAAAUCAACACUGCUGCUCCCAGCACUCGAUUAUCAUACUGCAUCAUACGGUUCUUUUUUUGCCGAGAUGUUGUUAAUUUGACUAUCAAUUUUAGAAAAAGUUAUCAAUCAUUACAGUUUAAAAUACUAAUAUUUUAACUCCAUUGUGAAGCUCAAAUUUCCUGUACCUUCAAUGGAGGCAAGCUAAUGCCUUAGAAGUGGGAUUCCAUCUACCAUUGUAAUUAUCCAGCAACUGAGUAAUAGUAUGGAGAAGCAACCAGUUAUAUGGAAGGAGAUAAAUCAAUUUAUGUCAGAAUCUGAAUCUAAGGAAACAAAUAGUUUCCAUGUUUAAAAUGUAUGGCUUGCAGUUUUAAUGAUUGCUAAAUACACCUUUUUGCUCUGUGUGUGUGCCUGUUUGAAUUUCAAAGGGCCAGACAGAGUUGUAAUUUCACACGGAAUUAUUGCUCCUCAGUUUUUCCUGCUCUACCGUGAGAAAAUAAAGAGAAUCAAUCACAUCGAUUAAGGAUUUAACAGAAGCUUUAAUGAUGGCUAUCCUCAAGAAACUGAAGGUUGAGCAAAUGACCCUUGAUAAUAACUGUCUUCAGGCACUUUCUCGAGUUUAUAUUGCAAUCUGCCGACAGCAAGGAGAUCUUGAAAGAGCUCGUCUCCUCUCCUAUAAUAUCUUAAAGGAAGAUUUUCCAGAUUCAAGCAAAUUGUUGCUGCUCAUCUUGAGUGUUUGGCAGAACAUAUUUUCUACACAAGGACCAGUCAAUAAAGCUAUGCAAGCUGUUGCCAAGCAACGUGCCAAAGGAGAUGUUCUGAAUUGUUUGAGUGCAUACCUCAAUUGGGAAAAGAAUCCACCUCUAGACAUUAGUUCUUUGGUUUCAAGUUUCCUUAUUGCCAUGCAGCAGAGUCCUAAAGUUGGAUUCCGAAAAAGUAAUGAAUAUGGAAUGGAUUUUAAUGGUGAUAUGUGGGAACUGAUUUAUGCCAUAGAUUUGCUGUGUUCUCAACAACCAUGGUCAUGGACGCACAACUCCUUCAUAAGGACAGAGGUAUGGCCUGUAAUGGAUAAAUGGAUGAAGCGCAGAAGAGGCCAGGCAAAUAUUCCAAAUAUUCCGGAUGCCACGGUUGCAGGCGUCAUGAGACUUAUUGGAUACCUGGGACAGCAAGGACUGAAGAAAGAAUCUUUAGUUGCUGUGAGAAACAUGGCUGCAGUGAUGAACCAGUUUCUCCAACAGGCUUUUCAAGAAGGUGUCCCAUGGCCUGUACAGUUAUCAGCAGUUUAUGCAGUUUACGACCUGGCUCCGAGUAAUCCUAAAGGAGCCCUGGAGACCCUACAUGUAUGGAAGACAUCAGUAACUGAACCAAUCCCUCCUGAGGCAAGCAACUGCAUAAAAGAACUUGAGACUUUUUGUGAAAGAUUAAACUCUGAAGUGAAGAAUCUGUAAUAGUUGUAUCUAGUAAGUUUGUGAAAUGAAAGCAGUUGUCAACCAGAAGCGAUCUCUAUUGGGGAAACAAAUGUUCAAAAAUUGAGUUUUUACUUGGAAGUAAUAAACUAUUACACCAUACAAUAUUUGAUAAUUAAACCAACAUCUGAAUAUGCUCUGAAUAUGACAUUAAUAUUAAAUCUAGCCCCUUUUCUUCCACCAAAAGGGUACCUUAUUAGAGAGAUGGGAAGCAAGUUUUGAUGCAUCCUGGAGUUGUGAUGCUGUCGUUUACCUGUGUAUAAAGAUACAUUUACAGUAUAAUGUGUCGUAUAUCCCCAGGACAGACUUUUUUGUUUUAAAUUUUCUAUAUCCCACUUUUCUUUAGAUUUGCUUUUGAAUUUGUGCCUAAAAUUGAAAAGGUCUGACCACAAAUUAUAAUUAAACAUUUUUAUUUCUGAAAUUUUCAAUUUGUCGCAAUAAACUUUUAAAUUGUAGGAAGUUCAAAGCUUGCUUUGACUGAUGUGCGCAGGCACAUUGUGUUUUAAAAUGUUUAAAAUGGCUAAAUGUUGAAAGUCAAAUGCUUCUUAACUCCAGUAGGAAAAGCUGAAAGCCUGAAUUUCAAAGUAGACCUUAAUUGAAUCACACUCCUGAAAUAAAAACUGUAAAUGCUUAUACAUUAGAAAAAAAGUUUUUCAGAUGCUGAAGACCUGCUGUAUAAUUCUGCCAUUUCCUGUUUUUAUUUUGGUUAGCCAGUAUUUGCAGUCUUUUAAAUCUUAUCUAUUCCUCAAAUGUUUUAUUUUGCAGCAUAAACAAUGCUGAGUAUGACAAUAAUACACAUUAUUAUAACAGGUCAUUCUUAGCCAGAAUAGGGCAGGGCAGUACUAUAUCAAAUUGCAUUGUUCAUUUUCCAUCUUUGAAAAAGAACAGUUGUACAGCUGGAUCUAGUGUGCUGAAGCUAAACACUAUCCCACUUUUUUCAGUUUCACUAAUCCCCUAUUUUGGGGUGACUGUAAAUCAUAUCUAUCCCCAUUAGGAUCUAAAUCAGCCAUAGAAUUACAACACAGGAAGUCAUUCAGCCCAUUGUCUCUAUGAUGAUUCUUUGAACGAAGUUGUCCAAUGUGUCCCACUUCCCUGGUCUUCACUAUAACUACAAUACUAAAAUAAUUUAGGUAGUCUAACAGAACAAAAUUAGUCAUUAAGUAAUAGGCAGUUGAUAUGCUUGUCUUCGUACUGGGAAAUAAUUUCAAACUUUGGUUACCAUUCUGGCAGUAUUUUCUUUUCUCCUUUUUUGCCUUAGUCAUAUGCUCCUAAACUAAUUGACCAUUUUGUAUGCAGUUUGUCUUACUCUUUGUUUGCCACAUUAAUACACAGUGUUAUUUGCUUUAUGUUAUUUGCUUUUUCAGUGGUAAAAAACGGUUUUUAUUGCCGUCAAUUUCCUGAGAAUGAUUUUGGGUUGUGUUCAGCUGGCCAGCAUGCAGCAGUAAAUUCAUUUUUUUUUUAAUUUUGGCCUUAACACUUUUCACAACCAAUCCAAGCUAGAUCAAAUUGAUUAAAAAGGGCUUUCACCCACACUCCUCCCUGACAUAAAAGUCACCCAACAUCGGGUUAUAGUCCAACAGGUUUAUUUGAAAUCACAAGCUUAUGGAGCAUGGUUCCUUCAUUAGGACCUAAUGAAUGAGCAGUGCACUGAAAGCUUGUCAUUUCAAAUAAAUCUGUUGGACUAUAACCUGGUGUCAUGUGACUUCUGACUUUGUCCACCCCAGUCUAACACUGGCACCUCCAACAUCAUGGCUUCCUGAUGUACUUACUUGUCAGUGGGAAAAUGUGUUGCUUUGUUCAGUAUGAGCUCUUACAGUCUAAGACAGUUCCAAGUUUCAUUGCUCUUCAAAUGAAAAAUCUGUUAGUUUCUAUAUCCUUCACCUGUUGCUGGUCAAUGUUCAGUGAAUCUAGUUAAAAAUAUUUUUGUGCAUUGCCAAUUCUGGUGUCUAGAUUCAAAUGAGCAGCACUUGCAAGAUAUAACGGAAUAUUAUCUCUAAUAACUGCUGUUUUGAAAAAAGAAAAAAUAUCAGCUGAGGCAAAAAAAGGUUUGGGGGUGUGUGGUGCCAGUACAAAACAAAGUUUUUUUUUAAAUUAACUCUUGUGAGCUUCUAACAAAUUCUUAUCAGAACGAUACUUUUCAUAUUUUUGUUUCUUAGCAUAAUUCUUUACCACUACCUGUCUGUGUCUCUUUACCGCUACCUAGCUGUCUGGUCAAUUAUGAAAAUGUUAUUCUAUCUUUAAUGUCAGCCUUGUGAAUUAAUCAAGUUCUCUGAUGUGCGUUUUGCCAAGUGCAGAUUGUCAGAUAUGCAUAUUGGUCCACUGAGUGACUUUUUGAAGAUAUUUUGAGCAGACCCAAUAGGACAGAGUGGACUAUGUUCUUCCUGUGUUUAAGUUAAAUUAUUUCCCAGUAUGCCACUAUUCUAAGUGAUAUUUCUGAUUAUGUUGCACUUACACUUGAAAGGUGCAGUAAUCACAAAACAAAACCUAGAACUUAGAAUGUUUAAAAUUAUUUGCUGACCACAGAUUCUGAAUGAAAAUGACCCCAUUUCACGUAAUUGUUUAAUGCUGAAUGCUUGUGCUUUUGUACCCUGAUGAUUCAGCUAUAUUUGUUUUUAAAUUGUUGGAUAAACAAGUCCAAACAUAUACAGAAAAUAACAGUGUAGAUAUUGUGUUAAGUCUCUCAGGUCCCUGGAUUGGCAGAGGUUAGCUUAAAAUGAGACCUGCUUAUAGCUAUGUACAUAUGAUUAUUCAUAGUGAAAAAUGUGAUUUUUUUUUUCUGUGAAUGCUUGUAAUUAGAUGAAACUUUGUUUCUGAUAUUUUUGUUCCAUUUGGGAAUGUUUAUUAUGUAUAAAGUCACCAGGUGCAAUUUAGGUUUUGGGUUGUGUAAAAAGAUUACUAGGUAAAUAUGUAUAACACUGUUCUGUUGAGGUUUUUUUUAAUAACUUUUUAUACAGAUGCUUCUGGAAUUUUCAUGUGCAACACAUUUUAUAUUAAAGUAAAACAGUGAAUCAUA